AUGGAUCAGUGUGAGGACCCAGAGGAGGCAGACCCUCCCUCUACAAGCUCUCUGUGUGGAGAACAGGAAGCUCUGAGGAUGAAGGAGCAGAGACCAGACUCUCCUGGACCCAGCUGUGUGUCCAUGAGGAGUGAUCAGUCUAAAGGUCUUCCCAUUGCCUUUAAAGAUAGAGAUCAUGUUGAUAUAAGGAUGAAGGAGCAGAGACCAGACUCUCAUGGACCCAGCUGUGUGUCCAUGAGGACUGAUCAGUCUAAAGAUUUUGUUAUUACCUUUGAAGAUGAACAUCCUGCUGAUGGAAGGAUGGAGAGGCAGAGCCCAGACUCUCCUGAACCCAGCUGUUUGUCCAUGAAGAGUGAUCAGUCUAAAGAUUUCUUCAUUACCUUCAGACAACCUGCUGGUGGAAGAGGUCAGCUGGAAACAUCAGAGUUCUUCAAUGAUCAGUCCAAGCAGCAUCAAACAGAGCUGGACUCCUUAUUUAUGCUGCUAGAGGAGAACAUUAUCACCUUUGUGAAGAAGGAACUGAAGAGACUUCAGAAGGCUCUGAGUCAGGAGAACCCAGAACGUCUCAGUGAGGAUGAGGAGGUGUUGGUUGGUGAAGAUGAAGAGCAGAGGAGCAGCAGAGAGGCUUUUCUGAAGAUCACAGAGAACUUCCUGAGGAGAAUGAAGCAGUACGAGCUGGCUGACUGUCUGAGGAACAGAACUUGUGCUUCAGUUUGCCAACAUAAACUGAAGUCUAACCUGAAGGAGAAGUUCCAGUGUGUGUUUGAGGGGAUCGCUAAAACAGGAAACCCAACCCUUCUGAAUCAGAUCUACACAGAGCUCUACAUCACAGAGGGAGGGACUGGAGAGGUCAACGAGGAACAUGAGGUCAGACAGAUCGAAACAACAUCCAGGAAAGCACACAGGGCAGAAACUACCAUCAGACAAGAAGACAUCUUUAAAACUCCACCUGGAAGAGAUGAACCAAUCAGAACAGUGAUGACGAAGGGCGUGGCUGGCAUUGGGAAAACAGUCUUAACCCAGAAGUUCAGUCUGGACUGGGCUGAAGGCAAAGCCAACCAGGACAUCCAGUUCAUAUUUCCAUUCACUUUCAGAGAGCUGAAUGUGCUGAAAGAGGAAGAGUUCAGCUUGGUGGAGCUCCUUCAUCACUUCUUUACUGAAACCAAAGAAGCAGGACUCUGCAGGUUUGAAGGGUUCAGGGUCGUGUUCAUCUUUGACGGUCUGGAUGAGUGUCGGCUUCCUCUGGACUUCAGCAAAACUAAAAUCCUAACUGAUGUCAGAGAGUCCACCUCAGUAGAUGUGCUGCUGACAAACCUCAUCAAGGGGAACCUGCUUCCAUCUGCUCGCCUCUGGAUAACCACACGACCUGCAGCAGCCAAUCAGAUCCCUCCUGGGUGUGUUGACAUGUUGACAGAGGUCAGAGGGUUCACUGACCCUCAGAAGGAGGAGUACUUCAGGAAGAGAUUCAGAGAGGAGGAGCAGGCCAGCAGAAUCAUCUCCCACAUCAAGACCUCCAGAAGCCUCCACAUCAUGUGCCACAUCCCGGUCUUCUGCUGGAUCUCUGCUACAGUUCUGGAGGAUCUGCUGAAGACCAGAGAGGGUGGAGAGCUGCCCAAGACCCUGACUGAGAUGUUCAUCUACUUCCUGGUGGUUCAGACCAAACUGAAGAGCAUCAAGUAUGAUGGAGGAACUGAGACUGAUCCACACUGGAGUCCAGAGAGCAGGAAGAUGAUGGAGUCUCUGGGAAAACUGGCAUUUGAGCAGCUGCAGAAAGGAAACCUGAUCUUCUAUGAAGCAGACCUGACAGAGUGUGGCAUCGAUAUCAGAGCAGCCUCGGUGUACUCAGGAGUGUUCACACAGAUCUUCAGAGAGGAAAGAGGACUGUACCAGGAUAAGGUGUUCUGCUUCAUCCAUCUGAGUGUUCAGGAGUUUCUGUCUGCUCUUCAUGUCCAUCAGACCUUCAGCAACUCUGGAGUCAAUCUGUUGGCAGAGGAACAAACAACAUACAGGAUCUUUAAAAUCUUUCGAACCAGGCCUAAACUUCAAUAUCUCCAUCAGAGUGCUGUGGACCAGGCCUUACUGAGUCCAAAUGGACACCUGGACUUGUUCCUCCGCUUCCUCCUGGGUCUGUCCCUGACCACCAAUCAGAAUUUCCUACGAGGUCUGCUGACACAAACAGGAAGUGGCUCAGAGACCAGACAGGAAACAGUCCAGUACAUCAAGACAAAGAUCGAUGAGGAUCUGUCUGCAGAGAAGAGCAUCAACCUGUUCCACUGUCUGAAUGAACUGAAGGAUCGUUCUCUAGUGGAGCAGAUCCAACAGUCCCUGAGAUCAGGACGUCUCUCCACAGAGAAACUGUCUCCUGCUCAGUGGUCAGCUCUGGUCUUCAUGUUACUGUCAUCAGAAGAAGAUCUGGACGUGUUUGACCUGAAGAAGUACUCUGCUUCAGAGGAGGCUCUCCUGAGGCUGAUGCCAGUGAUCAAAGCCUCCAACAAAGCUCUACUGAGUGUCUGUAACCUCUCAGAGAGAAGCUGUGGAGCUCUGUCCUCAGUCCUCGGCUCCUCCAGUCUAAGAGAUCUGGACCUGAGUAACAACAACCUGCAGGACUUAGGAGUUGAGCACCUUUGUGGUGGAUUUGGUGGACUUAUGGAUCCACAUUCUACACUGGAAACUCUCUGGCUGAGUGGCUGUAACCUCUCAGAGAGAAGCUGUGGAGCUCUGUCCUCUGUCCUCAGCUCCUCCAGUCUCAGAGAUCUGGACCUAAGUAACAACAACCUGCUGGACUUAGGAGUUGACCAACUUUGUGAUGGACUAAUGGAUCCACGUUCUACACUGGAAACUCUAAGACUGAGUGACUGUAAACUCUCAGAGAGAAGCUGUGGAGCUCUGAACUCAGUUCUCAGCUCCUCCAAUCUCAGAGAUCUGGACCUGAGUAACAACAACCUGCAGGAUUCAGGAGUUGACCAACUUUGUGGUGGACUUAUGGAUCCACGUUCUACACUGGAAACUCUCAGACUGAGUGGCUGUAACCUCUCAGAGAGAAGCUGUGGAGCUCUGUCCUCAGUUCUCAGCUCCCAGUCCUCCAAUCUCAGAGACCUGGACCUGAGUAACAACAACCUGCAGGAUUCAGGAUUUAAGCAACUUUAUGGUGGACUUAUGGAUCCACGUUCUACACUGGAAACUCUCAGACUGAGUGACUGUAACCUCUCAGAGAAAAGCUGUGGAGCUUUAUCCUCAGUCCUCAGCUCCCAGUCCUCCAGUCUCAGAGAACUGGACCUGAGUAACAACGACCUGCAGGAUUCAGGAGUGACGUUGUUGUCUUCUGGACUGGAGAGUCCACACUGCAGACUGGGCUCUCUCAGUCUGUCUGGCUGUUUGGUCUCAGAGAAAGGCUGUUCUUCUCUGGCCUCAGCUCUGAGCUCGUCCUGUCUGACAGAGCUGGACCUGAGCUACAAUCAUCCAGGAGAACAAGGAGAGAAACUACUGUCUGAUCUAAAGGAGGAUCCACACUGCAGACUGGAGACACUGAGGUUGGACCAUGGUGGACAGCACAGACUGAGACCAGGUCUAAAGAAGUAUGCCUGUGAGCUGGAAGUGGACACAAACACGGUGAACAGAAGACUCAAACAGUAUUACAGCAACACCGUGAUGACAUUUGUGGAGGAGGAUCAGUCAUAUCCUAAUCAUCCAGACAGAUUUGGCUGGCCUCAGCUACUGUGUCGGACUGUUCUGACUGGUCGCUGUUACUGGGAGGUUGAGUGGAGAGGGUGGGUUUAUGUAUCAGUGAGUUACAGAGGAAUCAGACGGAGAGGAAACAGAGAGGAAUGUAUGUUUGGAUGGAACGAUCAGUCCUGGAGUCUGUUCUGCUCUCAUCGUUGUUACUUUGUCUGUCACAAUAACAGACGAACAGACAUCUCCUCCUCCUCCUCUUCAUCCUCUGGUAGAGUAGGGGUGUAUCUAGACCAUCCUGCUGGCUCUCUGUCCUUCUACAGAGUCUUCUCUGACAGACUGAUCCACCUCCACACCUUCAAUACCACAUUCACUGAACCACUCUAUCCUGGGUUUGGCUUCUCAUUUCUAGAAUCAUCAGUGUCUCUGUGUUCUCUGUAGCUCAAACUCUGCUGUCUAAAUUCAAAGCUUAGUCAGACUACACACUAGAUAAUUCAUCAUCUCUGAUCAAGCAUUAAUGGACUGAUCUCUGCUCACUCCUGGUCUCAGCUGGACACCAGACUUUAAUCACACACAGUGACCACAAGGUAGAGGAUGUAUCUGGGCAGAACUAGCCAUAGGAAGCAUUUCACAUCCAUUCAUUGGAGGCUACAUUUGUUGUCUUUGUCUCUGCUUACGUGUUGUUGAUUUACUUUGCUGUGUCCAUUAAUGCCCAGUGCAGUGCCUUCACUUAAACAAAAACUGUUAAAGUCCAGCCGCUGGUUCUCUAAGUUUGUAGACUCCUGAGUCUGAGUUUUUCUUUGUUCUCAGUCCACCAUCUUUAAAGUCACAUGUGAAACCACAUGUGGAGCCAGAUGUGUUUUGGCCAUAUUGGCUGAAACUCAAUCUCCUCCCUAAACCCUGAGCCCUUAUUGAUUUAACUGACUGCACCUGGAAAGUGACUGAGUGCAAGAGGCUGCAAGGGCUCGAAGA